AUGUCUGACCCAGGCGCAGCGUAUCCAUCCCCGCCGACCACUGCGGAGCCCUUCAAGCUCCGCAACGCUCCUGCGGGGUCAAAUCGCAAGAACCAUCCACCUGCAACACUCUCCAUGUCAUCCGAGUUGUACACAGGCAGGGACCCGGUUCAAGGCUCCUCGCAAGGCAGCGCCAUGGAUCAGGGCGAUGAUAAGGGCUCAUCGUCACUAAACCUUGGCUUUUUGAAGACACUUACCGAGAGACGGAAGAAUCGAGGCAUAACCCAUCGGGAGAGGAAAGAAUUAUAUAUCAAGGCGCUUGAGGAUGAGGUAUUAAGACUAAAGGAGAUAUUUAGCAAUGUUUCCAAUGACAAGCAAAAGCUCUCCGAAGAGAAUAAGCAGCUCAAAACCGUUCUCGCCCAGAACGGCAUCAAUGUCGGCAGCUCCGAUGACGCACCACCACGGAGUGCCAGCGUCGGCUACACUUCAAGUCCCAGCGCUUCAGGCCAUAGCUACGCACACGGCUCCCAUAGCGCCUUCACACCACCGCUCACCUCGCAGUCUUCUGCACCCUCAAUAUCACCGUCGACUCAGGUGCCGCCCCAUUCCCACCGAAAUCCGAGCCCAAACCCGAUUAUGGCCGGGAAUCAACUACGAAACUUGACGGCCCAGCAAUUGCAAGCCAAUCGAGGCGUAGAUUAUGAACAGGCAGGCAUUGACUUCGUCUUAACUCUCGAGAAACCAUGCAUGCACCAUCUUCCGUGGCUGCUAGAGAGAUCAGCGGACGCAGGCGGUGAGCCUUGCGGUCACGCUCUCAUGGCAUCCUGCCCACCGGAGCCAUUUCCGGAGUUAACGCCAGACAUUCCUUUCGGAUAUACCCAUGUCAACGGAGAUUUGAGUUCGGGCCAACGCACAUGGGAGCUUAGCAAGGGAGAUCUCGCGACUCUCCUAGACCUCAGCAAGAGGUUAAACUUAGACGGGGAGAUUACACCCGUCAUGGCCUGGGGAAUGGUCCUGGGCCACCCAAGAUUGAAUGAGCUGAAACCCGACGACUUUGUGAAGUUGGCAGAGGAGCUCAAGACGAAAGUUCGGUGUUACGGGUUCGGCGCCGUCAUGGAGGAAUUUGAAGUGAGGGAUGCUCUGGAAUGUGUCUUUUCCACCAAGCCUGAAAUCAUGUCUUUUUGA